GGCACGCACCACUACACCCCUGGCUUGUACUUCUUUAUAUUUUUGAACUUCGCAGCUCACUGUCUUCACUGCCAGGAACUGUCCUCUGCGACAACACCUGCCUCCUGCCAGUCUUGCUAUUUCCUCUUCCCCUAAAAGCUCAGCCAGUUUCUCAGAGCAACCGCGGGAGUCACAGCAGGUCUUCUGUCACCAUGAAGGCGACCUUCUCAACUGCCCUCCUUGUUCUAGCCAUCUCAGUGUGGACUUCCUUUGCAGUUGAUUUCCCUCUCCCUAUGGGCACUCGCGUGACUGAUGAGAUCUUCCAGGAGACAAAGGCCUUGUGCAACAAGAACGUAAGGAAAUGCUGGAUGCUUUCCUACUUCAAGCCCAAUGAGCCUAUAUGUGGCAGUGACCAAGUUACCUACGGCGGCGAGUGUCAUCUCUGCUCCAGAAUUCUAUAUGAAAGCAGAACCAUAAUUAAAAUGCAUGAUGGAGAAUGUAUUUACUCCGGGGAAGACAUUGAACACGAAUAAAAGCUACUGAAUCCUCAGACAGCCAAGUGAAGCAUGAUGGCUGAGUCUUCUAAGACACCAGAUUUGGGGGACAGGGGCUGGACUUCCUGGUACAGUAUUUGCUUAGUGUGUAUGAAGCCUUAGUUCAAUCUCCAA